UUCCAAAACUCCAAAGGCUUCUGGGAGAAACUCAACUCAAACUUGGAGAGUGUGAAGUAUGCAGAGCCACACUUGCACUACCACAAUAAUGUGCUCAGGAGGGAAUGGCGUCACCUUUCAGAAGAGAGAGAGGAGAGAAGAACCACAGCGUAUUUGAGGAAUAUUUUUGAAAACGCCAAAAAGGUGCUUUCUCAUCUGGACACUUGGGACUCUGAGGAAAGGCUAGUACCUCUCUUUCAAGAGGAAGAUUAUCAGCAGCAAUUACUAAUGGGACUGAUGGUUGCUCAGCUAAAGGAUCACCUUAUGAGACAUCUACAAUAUGUAGGAAAAAAGAAGAUUGACGAAAUAGUUUUGGAUUAUGUUGCAAAUCUGCUGAAUCUGAUACAUCGAAUAAUGAAAGAAGUUUGGAGGAGAUACCAGCUUCAUUCCUGCAUCUUCUGCUUUGAUGAGCGAGGAAGUGCAGGAGAAUUUGCAGUGUUCCACAUCAUGAGUCGGAUUCUGGAAGCUGCAAAUGGCAUGUGCAUGCCUUUACCUCCUGGUUUUCACACUCUGCACUUGGGGCUUGGUGUUCGAUGUCUCCCUCUGCACACCCUCCUGCACUAUAUUGAUAAUGGAGUCCUGCAUUUGACAGAAACAAGUGUCAGGAAAUUGCUGAAAGAUCUGGAUGACACUGAGGAGAAUGAAAAGCUGAAGUUCAGUAUUGUCAUGAGACUUCCUGAGGCUCUUGGUCAAAAGGUCCGCCAGUUUUGGAACCAUCCGAUAAAUGCUAAUUUCAUUGCCCGGAAAUAUGUGAAACUUUUGCUUGAGAAGCUGGGGAACAGGCAGUGCAGCAGGCCUAUCCCUGAGAGACUCUCGGUCCCUGUAGAGUUUUUGCCACUUAACUACCUGACUAAUAUGCUGGCAGAGAUAGAGAAUCAAGGUGUGCAUCUGUAUGAAAACCAAGACCAUGUUAAUGUGAGAUUUGUAGAGGAAACAGCACUCAAACACACUAUGACGCUUUUGGGCCUCAAAUAUCCCUGA